CAGGAAGUUAAUUCCAACAAAAUCGCAACUCAGUGCUGCUCUGUGUUCAGAAAAAUGGCUGAGGCGAGUAUUUCAGUAGAUCAGCUUUCAGUGGAUCAGUUCAUCUGUUCAGUGUGUCUGGAUCUCCUGAAGGAUCCGGUGGCUCUCUCCUGUGGUCACAGUUUCUGUAAGGUGUGUAUUAAUGGUCACUGGGAUCAGGAGGAUCAGAAGGACGUCUACAGCUGUCCUCAGUGCAGAGACACUUUCACACCAAGGCCUGUUCUACACAGAAACAACAUGCUGGCUGAAGUGGUGGAGAAACUGAAGAAGAAGACUGAAGUUCAAGCUGCUUCUCCUGAUCACUGUUACGCUGGACCUGGAGAUGUGGAGUGUGAUUUCUGCACCGGGAGAAAACACAAAGCCGUCAAGUCCUGUCUGAUGUGUGUGGCUUCGUUUUGUGAAACUCAUCUCAAACCUCACUAUCAAGUUCCUUCAUGGAAAAAGCACAAGUUAGUGGAAGCUUCUGGAAAUCUACAAGAGAAGAUCUGCUCUGAACAUGAUAAAGUGCUGGAGAUCUUCUGUCGUUCUGACCAAAGCUUCAUCUGUUAUCUGUGUAUGACGGAUGAACAUAAAAGCCACGACACCGUCUCAGUUAAAGCUUACAGAACUGAGAAAGAGAAUGAGCUACAGGAGGAGCAGCUGAAAUUCCAGCAGAGACUCCAGGAGAAGCAGAAGAAGGUGCAGGAGCUGAAACAGGCUGUGAACACUAUAAAGCUCAGUACACAGACAGCAGUGGAGGACAAUGAGAGGAUCUUUACUGAGCUGAUCAGCUUCAUGGAGAAAAAGCUCUCGGAGGUGACGGAGAUGAUCAGAGCUCAGGAGAAGGCUGAACUGAGUCGAGCUGAACGACUCUUGGAGCAACUGGAGCAGGAGAUUAAUGAUCUUCAGAGGAGAGUCACUGAGAUGGAGAAGCUUUCACACACACAUGAUCACAUCCAUUUCCUCCAGAGUUUCCAGUCUCUUCGUGUCUCUUCUGGACAUGACGACACAUCCAGCAUCACUGUCAGUCAACAUCUCUCAUUUGAUGGAGUGAAGAAAUCUCUCUCUGACCUGAAAAAGAGACUCGUGGAAAUCUUCCAGGAGGAAUUCAUCAACAUCCCUGGACGUGGUGAGAGAAAUGCUGCAGAACUUCAGAUAAUUUUACCCUCAGAACCAAAGAGUAGAGAUGAUUUUCUGCACUAUUUCUGUUCUCUGACUCUGGAUCCCAACACGACACAUCGUAACCUCAUUCUGUCUGAGAAGAACAGAGCAGUGACACUCAGUGAGAGAGAGCAGCAGUACUCUGAUCAUCCAGAGAGAUUUAACUCCUUGUGGCAGGUGUUGUGUAAGGAGAGUGUGUGUGGACGCUGUUACUGGGAGGUGGAGUGGAGCGGUGGUGGUGUGUGCAUAUCAGUCUCAUAUAAAGACAUCAGGAGGAAAGGAGGUGAUAAUGAGUGCUGGUUUGGACGCAACAAACAGUCCUGGUGUCUGGAAUGUUCUUCUUCUUCUCUCUCUUUCUAUCACAACAACAUUAAGACUGAUCUCAGAGUUCCAUCAUCCCCCAGAAUAGGAGUGUAUGUGGAUCACAGUGCAGGAACUCUGUCCUUCUACAGUGUCUCUGACACCAUGAAGCUCCUCCACAGAGUCCACACCACAUUCACUCAGCCUCUAUACGCUGGGUUCGGGCUCUACCCUUGUAGAACAUCUGUAAUAUUAUUUGAUCCAAAAUAAAAUAUUAGCAAUAUGACUUUAUUCAUAAUUAAAACGACCAAUAACUAGAAUAUAGCAUAACAAUAAAUAGAAGUAACGUGUCUUAUUUUGUCUUUUUAUUACUGUAAGUCACCGGGUUUCCUAAUAACUGGUGAGGUAAAAUUAGCCGUUAGCCUCCGCACAUGCGCAGUCCGUUCUGAGUUUGAACCAGAAUGGUGGUGUUGCUAGAAACAACACAGAUAUAUAUACACUAGAUGUUGCCUUGCAUGCGGCAGUACAUUGGAACGAAUGCGUCAAUUGAGCCGCCAUGUUGGUAAGGGGGCUCCUCCUCUUAAUGCAUUAGCGUCAAUAUAGGCAAAGAAAUAAAAUCACCAUAAAACGUCA